AUGGAGCAAAAUGAAGAAAAAAGGGAGAGACUUGUCAGGGCUGUUGGUCAGGCAGGAAGCUGCGUGUGUGGUUAGCUGAGCGGAACAGUAGAGGGGAAGCUGUUUUGACCUUUUUUGUACAGUAUUUGUUCUGCAUAGUCCUGUAGACUGAAGAGACUACUGAAGGACAGAUCGAAAGUCAAGGAAGUCAGUGAUACUUUUACAACAGGCAAUGCGGUAAAGCCAGAGGACAGAGACAACAUUGAUGACAGAAGCAAACAUCAACCAUACGUAGCGUAGUUCAGGCCUGAGACAGGUCAUGCUGCCAGUGUGAGCUCUCUGGACAUUGUAUGGGCCCUGCAAUGGCAGGUGUUGAGCCUGGAACCGGACAAAGGACAUCCAAAAGGAGACUGUCCUGGCCAGUUUUUCUGCUGACGCUAGUUGCUGUCACCUCCUCCUCUCUUUCAGCUUUGUCGCUGUACCAGCUGGUGGCUCUCAGAGCCGAAGUAGAGGGACUCAAAUCGGAGGUUUAUCGCAGGAGGGAAGAGGGACAAGAGGCCAUGCAUGCAGGCCAGACCGAGAACAUCAGUAGGAGAAGCAGCCAAGAGCCCCUACACCAACCCGGGUCUCAAGAUGCUAUCAGCCUGAUGAGGACGAGAAGGUUGGUCUCUGGAUCAGAGACAUUGGUUUCUCAGCCUUGCUUGCAGUUGUUGGCAAGCAGUAUCAGGAAAACCUUCAGGAAAGAAUAUAAGUCUGAGCCGCACACAGGUAUCCCCUGGCAGGCUGGGCUGAAACGAGGAUCUGCCCUGGAGGCAGAUGGAGACUGCAUGCUAGUCAGGGAGGAGGGCUUCUACUUUGUGUACGGUCAGGUGUACUACAUAGACAGCACCUUUGCAAUGGGUCAUGUGGUGAUUCGGAGGAAGAGGAAUGUGGUGGGAGACGAGCCUCAGUCUGUGAUCUUGUUCCGCUGCAUCCAGAACAUGAACCCUGUUCACCCUUACAACACCUGCUUCACAGGAGGUAUUGUGAAGCUGGAAGCCGGGGACCACUUGGAGCUGCUGAUCCCUCGUUCCACAGCCAACGUCUCCCUGUUUGGAGACUCCACCUUCCUGGGUGCUGUCAAACUGGCUUAAAGUAUGCCACCUCAAUUUGGAGCCCAAGGGAUGCUGCCGCGAUGGGAAAGAGGUGCCAUGACUGGAGGGAAGUGAGCAACAAGGCACAGUUCUGGUGACCUCGCGUGACUUUGGGUGAUGGGAAUAUGUGAUGGGAGGUGAGAAAAAUACAGGAAGUGGCCAUUUCUGUUCUGGCUGAAUGAUAGACUGUGUGACUCCUUGCACGUUCAGCCUGAGGGGACAUUAAGGGAACUAUGAGAUGGCUCAAGCUCUACUCUUAUGGGGAUAGUUUAUCCCCAAAUCCAAAAUUAAUAUUUUCCCUCUUUCUUGUAGUGCUAGAUUGUUUUGGUGUGAGUUGCAGUGUUGGAAAUAUAAGCUGUAGAGAUGACUGCCUUCUCUUGAAUAUAAUAGAGCUAGAUGGCACUCUACAAUAUAUUUUAAAAACUCAAAUGCAAUGUCUUUUUGGGGAUGAACUAUACCUUUAAAAAUACAUCCACCUUAUAGUUACAGCUGUAAUAUAUUCAUUUCUAACACACACCAAGACAAGAUAUGUAAAACCAUCAGAAUCAAGUACUUUUUCCUUUAAAUAAUCACAAAGACAUGGCAAAGUCUGGCUUGUAAGAGACGUGUUACUUGUGUGUCAUUCUUACACUGUUUUGAUCAAUAGUCUUUCAUCCUGUAGCAGCAGCAUUACUGAAAUAGUCCCUCUCAUCUGCUUUAUCAUUUUAGACAUUUUCACUUAAAAAAGAGUGGUGUGAUUUUUUAUCUUAAUGGCAUGAUUUCAUUUAAGCUUACCUUCACACUAUAUUUCAAACUGAAUUUUGAUGCAAUAAAGUGACAGUACAAGGUAUGACAUCA